CAAAAAAUUUAGCGUGAAAUUAACGUGUGAGAAGUACUGACCCGUAUCAUUCUUACUAGAUAACAAAAAUAAAAGAACCGGCUGUUAAAACUGCACUGCCAAAGUGGUUAUCGUGUUUUCGUUAUGUUGUUAAAAGCUUACCACAGUAAUUUACUUUGCAGUCACUUCCCAAUGUUGUUGAGAUGUUCGCGAAUUUCUUUUAACCAAUCGCAGAGAAGUGCUCUUAGAUACUACAGUUCAAUGGAGUCAUCACGGGUCAAGGUACAAGUAAGACAAGGUGUUGUCGUUGGUCGCGAAGGUCGUUUACCAAAUGGUGAACCAUAUCAUAGCUUUCUGGGUGUACCGUAUGCAGUACCACCACUCGGUGAACUACGAUUUAGGUCUCCCGUCCCACUGGAAUCUUUUGAUACACCUAUUUUAGAUUGUACACGAGAGAAAUCGCCUUGUCACCAAAAAGAACCUAUGACAGAUAAGAUAUUGGGUUCAGAGGACUGCCUCCACCUUAAUGUAUAUGCUCCAGCUAAACCUUCCACGACGGGUCCGCUUCCAGUUAUGGUAUGGAUACAUGGCGGAGGGUUCUUAUUUGGUUCUAGCAAUGGUACAUUGCCACUAAGUUUAAUAUCCGAAGAUGUUAUUGUGGUAACAUUAAAUUAUCGUUUGGGCGCAUGGGGAUUUUUGUGCCUGCCUGAGGAAGGUAUUUGGGGAAAUGCUGGCCUAAAGGAUCAGCGUUUGGCUUUGCAAUGGGUGCACGAUAAUAUUUCGCAAUUUAAUGGCGAUCCAAAUAAUGUUACUCUAUUCGGAGAAAGUGCUGGCGCGGCAUCAGUUCAUUUGCACACAUUAGCAUCCCAUGCCCACAAACUAUUUCACAAAGCGAUUAUGCAAAGUGGUUCGGCUAAUAUGAGUUGGGUAUUUCAAAUAAAUCCCGCGCGGAGAGUUCGCCGAUUUUGCGAAUUGCUCGGUUGUAAAUCAAGUGAUACGCGCGUUAUGCUUAAUUUUUUACAGUCCCAUGAAAAAGUGACACCAAUGGAUGUGCUUAAUAACCUUUUGCCUGUACUAUCGUCAGAUGAACGUCGCCGAGGUUUGCCUUUUACCUUCCAUCCCGUAGUUGAAGAUUCCAAUAGUACAGAUACUUUUAUUGACACGCCGGUUUUAGAACUAUUACAAUGUAAAGACACACGUGCCAUGCCAACGAUAAUGGGCUACAACUCAGCUGAGGGUGUUCUGAUGCUGAUAAAUGCGGUGCGCAAAAUCGAAGAAAUAAAUAAUGACUUGGCCCGUUUUGUGCCACGAAAUGUACCACUCGCUACUGAUCAUGCGGAAAUUCAAUAUGUGGCACAAAAAAUGCGCGACUUCUAUUUUAACGGUCACAACAUAACUCAUGAGCAAUUAGAAUGCAUGACGAAUUUGUUGACAGACUAUCACUUUAUGGUUGACUUGCAGCUGGCUGUGGAAUAUCAAGCAAAAUAUAAAACGUGCUCACCUCUCUAUUUCUACCGUUAUGACUAUACCGGUGGCCGGGAUCUUUUUAAAAGACACAUGCAGUUGGAAUUCAUACCUGGCGCAUGUCAUGCUGACGAAUUGCAUUAUCUUUUCCAAACACCAGGUAUUGAUUCAACGAAAUUUGCAGAGAAGGAUAGACGCAAUAUUAAACGUCUUAGUGUAAUGUGGACUAAUUUUGCUCGCCAUGGUAACCCCACUCCAGCAGAAAGCAAUAUCACAAAAGACUUGGGUUGUGUUUGGCAGCCCAUCAAUAGCGUAAAUAGUGAGGAGCAGGAGGAUUUGAGCUUGAAUUGUCUGAUUAUUGAUGAAGAAUGUAGAAUGGCUCAUGAUCCAGAUAAAGAUCGUAUGGAUUUUUGGAAAGGAAUUUACCGAAGCUAUCCAGCGUUGGAUUACUCACGAUUCAGUGCUAAGCUGUGAAAUUAAAGUAAAAAUAGGUUUAUAAAUAAUGCUGUACAUUUGAAAUCAUUUUGUUAUCGGAUUAUUGGCGAAUUGAUAUUAUAUAGCUCAUAGCUUAAGUCAAUUUUGAUAUUAAUAGAAAUAUGUUUUCCUUUUGUAUAUAUGUACAUAUGUGUGUUUCCACUUCUAAUUAGGAAUGGUUUAUAAAAUAUUUUAUUAAAAUAAAAUAUUGUUGCUUGAGUAUAAGAU